CAAAACGAUGCGGAGGGUUCAGCUAGAAGCGGGCUUCCCGCCAACGCUGGCAUGUGAUGGCUCAAUACAGAAACAUGUUCAAUACUACUCGCCUAAAACACGCAUUCUGCUAACCUCAGGGAUGAUCUCGCAGCGAAUGCCAUCCAAGGUCAUUGUCAACAUCAGCGGCUUGACAUUGCCAAGACAUAAGCCCAGCUAGCAUUAGAAGUACUCAAAAGAAAGCUUCUUACAUGAAAUGCCUAGGUAAAAAAGCGGCCCAAUCCUGGUUCAAUUGUUGUGCUCCCCCACGGCGCUUGAUAAGAUCGCUACUGUACUUUUACCACAGGAAAGCCCCCUCGUCUUCAGAAGGUCCUUUAUCAACGUUGCUAUAUCGCAGUUUCUGCCAGCUCAAUAGGUGCUGUGAUCAUCUGUUUCUUUACCUGGUGUCAUCAAAUCACACCUUAAUUUUCCCCUCUCACAAUGGCAAUGCCUCCCUCUCUUCCGGUUGGCAAAUAUGUUCGCAGCCCGGACAGUGCCAGCCGCAGUCCUUGCCCAGUAGUCAAUGCGCUCUCGAACCACGGCUACAUCGAGCGCGACGGAAAGAACAUCUACAUGUCCGAUCUGACGGCGGCGAUGCGACAAGUGGGAAUGAGUCCCUUGCUCGGCUCCAUUUUCGCCGUCCCAACCUACUUUGAGUACCACAACCCGGACAAGGCCCAUCUCCAACCCCCUGUCAGCGCAUUGAAGAGAUUCUGGGGUCUUCUCAAGAACCCUUACUCCUAUUUCUCUUACUUUGGCUGCUGGAAUCCGCAGCAGUACGACGAAAAAGGCAAAAAAUAUCUCAACCUUGAUAAUCUUGCCUCCCAUGGGGCGAUUGAGCACGACAUUUCUCUCUCACGUCGCGACUUCGCUCAAGAUCAGGGCAACAACAAGCCGCAGAAGGACCUGAUCCAAGACAUGCUCAAGUGCUCCCACGACGGCGAGACCCUCACCAUCAAGGAAUUAGCCGGCUUCAUCAAGAUGAGGAUCAAGCAACAGCUCAUCGACAAUCCGGAGCUCGUGUACGGCCCUGCUCAGCACCAGGUCAACUGCGGCCAGAUCGCGCUGAUGAUGGGAUGCUUUGGUGACGGCCAGACUAUCCCUGUGAAGUAUGUUCGGGCCAUCUUUGAGGACGAGAGACUACCCAUUAAGGAGGGCUGGACUAAGCGGACAUGGUGGUCUAUGGGCUUAAUCGAGUUCUUCCGGUCGGUGAACGACCUUGUAAAAAAGGUCAAUGUCAAAAUCUAGUGUCGGAUAGGGCCAAUAUCGAUAACAAUAGAUAUCUGUAAUGAACGAUUGAGUAGUUUCUAGCAUUAGUCAAUGAACGUGGCUGGAUAUUCCGCCGCUUCUCAGCUUUUUUCUAGCAUAACUCAAGGCCCUAGUAAUAGUGAGCAUUGAACACCUUAAUUUCGAACUAUCAAAUGAGGGGACAUGUGUUCACGCUCAGCAGAGAGUGCGAAAGCUAGACGCUCAAAAGGUCCAGACGCUUGAACGGCCGCCACUAAGAGGUCUACAAGGUCUCAAGAAGGCUCACACACAAUCGCUUCCAGAAACAGUCAGGCAAGGCCGCGUACCCAACUUAUUUGCG